AUGGUUGAGCCGUUAAUUUUAGAUGAAAUGAAUUGCCAAUUGACCGCCCCAGUUUGUGAUGAAGAAAUUAAGGGGCCUGUUUUUCAGCUAGAAGCCUUCAAAUCGCCUGGGCUGGAUGGUUUUCCAGGUUUUUUCUAUCAGACCUAUUGCGAAGCGGUUAUGGAAUGCAUGACUACUGUCACUUUCUCGAUUUUUGCAAAUGGAGAAAAGAUGGCAUCUGUAGUUCUGACUUGUGGGCUACGUCAAGGUUUGAAAAUAGCUAGGCAAUGCCCUACCUUGCCUCAUCUUCUUUUUGCGGAUGACGUGCUCCUUUUUCUAAAAGCUGAUGUGGAUGAAUGCAGACAUGUGCUAGUUAUUGUAAAGAUCUAUUGUGAAGCCUCUGCUAACACUCCUUCCAUUGUUAGCUCCUCUAUUAGUGCUGCGGCCGGCCUCAGUGUGUCUUAUCCCAAUUCGAAGUACUUUGGUUUACCAUCUUUUUGGGGAAGAUCAAAAGCUGAAGCCUAUGAGUUUAUUAUUGGGCGGAUCCUCUCCAAAUUGCAAGGAUGGAAACAGAAUUUGCUGUCACAAGUUGGGAAGGAGAUCUUGAUUAUGGCAGUGGUUCAGGCCAUCCCAUCUUAUGCAAUGGCAUGCUUUGCUUUUCCUAAAAAAUUCAGUGCUAAGCUAAAUUCCUACAUUGGAAUUUUUUGGUGGAGGGGUGAUCCAGUGGGGAAGGGGAUUAAUUGGUUAAAUUGGGGUCAUAUGACUUUGUUGAAACAUCGAGGAGGUAUGGGUUUUAGAGACUUUAAUUCUUUCAAUCUGGCACUUUUAGCUCGUCAAGAAUGGCGAUUAUUGAAGUAUCCAAAUUCCUUUUGUGCUCGCCUGUUGAAAGUAAUUUAUUUCCUCAACACUUCUUUCAUGCAAGCUGCCAAAGGGAGGAGAGGCUCUUGGGCUUGGGCCAGCAUUAUUCAAGGCCAUCAAUUGCUUCAAGAAGGUGUUCGUUGA